AUGACUGACAAUCCCGCAGACUACGUUGCACGCCAGAAGUUCGUUCUCCGCCUCGCGAAGGCUCUCCUCUCCUUUGGCGCGCCCUCGCACCGAAUCGAGUCGCAGCUCGGCUCGGCGGGCGAGAUUCUCGACAUGCACGUCGCGUUCGUGCACCUCCCGGGCCUGAUCAUGGUCACCUUCCUCGACUCGGACACGCGCACGUCCGAGACGCACUUCGUGCGGGCGGGUGGGCGUGUUGCGCUCACCGCGCUGCACAGGGUGCACGCCGUGUACCGCGACGUGCUGCACGACAAGAUCGGCGCGACGGAGGGCUGCGAGCAGCUGAAGCGUAUCCUGCAGGCGCGCCCGCUGUACGACAUCUGGACGCGUUGUUUGCUCGCGUUCUUCUGCGCGUCGAUCAUCUGUGUGCUCUCGUUUGGAGGGUCGAUCGUGGACAUGUUCGUGAGCGGGUUGAGCGCAUCGGUGCUGCAGUACCUUGGCCUCAACGCGGCGGCGAAGAGCUCCAUCUAUGCCAACGUUUACGAGAUUUCGGUAUCUAUCGUCGUGUCUUUCAUCGCUCGACUCCUUGGGACCUUGCCGGGGAAUCUCUUCUGCUACAGUGCGAUCUCUUCGGCCGGAGUUGUCCUUAUCCUUCCUGGUUUCACUAUUCUAAUCUCCGCCCUUGAGCUGACUUCGAGGAACAUCCUCUGUGGUUCCGUGCGCAUGGUAUAUGCUAUCAUCUACACCCUGUUCCUUGGAUUUGGCCUCACGAUCGGAUCGGACUUUUACCUGCUCGUCAACCCUAAGGCGCGGCAACAUCUCGCGGCCACCGCCAUGCUGGACGCAGAGACCUUCCACGGUUUCAUCCUGAACAGUAACACUUCACUGCCCAUCUCGCAGCUCGGCGGCACUUUUACGUUCAUGGAGACGGCGGACUCGGGGACGAGCCACAUCAUCAAGGGAUGCUACCGCAACCCGUCCUGGCCGUGGUACCGCCAGCCGUUCCCAUGGUGGACGAUGCUCUUCCUGGUGCCGAUCUACUCGACGUGCUCGUCCGUCGCGAACCUGCAGUCGAUCCGGAGCGUGCAGCUGCCGAUCAUGGUCGCCUUCUCGUGCGCGGCCUUCGCGGCGAACAAGGGCGCGAACUACCUCAUCUCGGACCGCAGCGACAUCGUCUCCGCCUUCGGCGCGCUCGUCAUCGGCAUGUGCGGGAACAUCUACUCGCGCGUCGUCGGCGGCACCGCGUUCACCUCCAUGGUCACCGGCGUCCUGUUCUUGGUACCCUCAGCGAUUGGUAACGGCGGAGGGCUGAUUGCAAACUACAAGAGCUCCACGGCGCAGUAUUCGAGCAGUUUCGAGCUCGGCAUCCGCAUGAUCCAAGUCGCCAUCGGGGUCACCAUCGGGCUCUUCGUCUCGCAGAUCCUCGUGUACGCACUGGGGCGGCGCAAGAACGCGGCCCACUUCGCCUUCUAG